AUGUUUCAAGACGUAAUCUCAGAAUUUAGGAAUUUCUAUAACAAUAAAAAUCUGACCUUUGAAGAUUUCAUAAACAUCAUUGAUGAAUAUGGCAAAUUAGAUAUAAGAUGUUAAUUAGAAGAACAAAUUAAAAAAUAAUUAUAUGAUUUCAUCUCAGAGAAAUAAGAAGGGAUUGUUACUUAUUCUACAGGUAUUUAUUUAUAUAGUAAUAUAGUUGAGACUGUAAUAUUUGAAUUUCUAUUAUAAUAAGAAGUUCCUCCAUAUAAAUAAUAUAUACUUCCUAAGACUCUUGGAAGACAAGCUCAACGUUUACCUAAAGAUAUGUUGGAAGUUUUGACUAAUGAGUUUAUAAUUCAAUUUAAGAAUCUUUAUAAAUUGAUAGAGAAUAGAUAUGGAAUUGAUAUUGAAUAUGAGGAAUUAGAAAACCUUGGUAAAGAAUUAUAGAGAACAAUAAAGAUAAAUGCAGUUGAAAUGUUGAGAUAUAUAUAACCUUUAGUAGAUGAACAUAAAAAAGUGAGUAUUAAAGAGUUACUUGAAUUAUGUAAUGAUUUAGAAAGAAUUAUUAUUAAUUAGCAUAACAAUUAAUCAACAAUAGAAGUAUAAGAAUCAUAAAAUAAUGAAUAAAUUAUAAAUAAAUAUUAGCAUAUAUCAAGUGAUGAUGAAUAAUAAUCAAAUAAUCAUAGAUAGAGUGAAAUAAUUGAUAAAAAAGAUUAUGCUAAUAUAAUUUAUCAAUAAACUGAUAUAUUAAUACAAAAAAAAUAUGUUAAUCAAUAAGGCAAAUAACAUUUAAAUGAUAUUAAUUAAGCUGUUAAAAAAAUGGAAGUUUAAAUACUUAAUUUAUAAGAGGAAACUAAAUAAAAAGAUAAAAAAAUAGAAACCUUUAUAAUUGAAAAUACUAAAAAGAUUGAAGAAGCUUUAAUUGAGAAAGAAUUGGCCAAAACUUAAUUAAGAUAAUUUGAAUAAGAUAUUAUCAAUAAGGAUUAAUAAAUUGAAAUACUUUUAUAAGAUAUUGAUAUGUUUUAGGAAUAAAGAAAUGUAAAUUAUUUGUAAAUAAUAGAGAUAUUAAGAAUAAUGUACAGAUUUAUAAUAAUAAAUAAAUGAUUAUCAUGAUUAAUUAAAAAGUAUUACAAAGAUAGAAACAGAAUUGAAAUAAACUUAGAUAGAAAAUAAGAAAUUAAAUGAAAAUUUAAUUAAGAGUAAAACUGAAAUUAAUAGAUUAACUUAAAAUAAUAAAUCAUUAAUGUAAAUAAUUGAGGAAUAUGAAAAUAAAUAAAAUUUAGAAUAAGAAUAAGUUUAAGUAAAUGUUUAAGAUUAAAAUAAAGAUAUAAUAAGAGAUUAUGAAGAAAAAUUGAUUGAGUAUUUAUUAUAAUUAUUAUCAUUUAAGUUUGUAGUAGUAAUAUAAUUUAUUGGAAUAAACAAAUACUGAACUUGAAAAAUAAUAAAAUAAUUAUGAAUCACAAAUAAUAGAAUUGAAGAGAGAACUUAAUCAUUAUAAAAAAUUAUAUGAAAAUUUAAAUUGUGAGAAUCAAUAAUUAAGAAGUAGUAUUAUGCCAAGAUCUAGCAAUAUUGGUAAAUAAUUUAAUUUAGGUGCAUUGGGUAGAAUGAGUAAAUUAUCUAUUGCAGAAGGUGGUUUUCCAUCUAAUAAAAUGGGUAUGAUAGGUAGGAUAUCAAGUUUAAGAAUGUCAUCAAUAAGAGGAAAUCCAUAGAUAAGAUAUAGUAAUUUUAAUCCUUUAGAUGAUUUAUAAAGUGGUGGUCUAAAAAUUAAUGAGUAAGAUGAAUGUGAUUAAUAUGAACCUGAUUAAUAAUAAUAAUAACCAGAUUAAUAAAAAAUCGUAUUAAGAAUAAAUCCAAAAUAUGAAUAAAGUGUUUUUGAAUCAAUUCAUGAGGGUGAAGAAGAAAAUGAUUAAACAAUUAAUAAAAUAGAACCAAAUAAUUAAGAUUAAUAAAAUUAAUUAUUAUAAAAUUUUGAUAAAUUUUGGGUAGGAUUAAAAAAUAAGAAUUAAUAAGAAUCUAUAUUUGAUCCAUAAUAAAUUUAAAUAGAUGAAAAUUUAUUAUUUGAGAGAGAUUUUCUUGGAAUAAGAGAUGAUUAAAAAGUAAAGGAAUAUUUAAGAAUAGAAAAUAAUGUUCAUAAAUAAAUUAUUUAGAGAUGUUUUUCUGAUAGUAUUUAUAGAAUUGAUUCAAAGGGUAAAAGAGCUAGAAGAAUUAUAUAUUUAUCUGAAUAUACUUUUUUUAUAUUCUUUGGUGAAAAAAAACCAAGAAAAUUAAGUAGAAAUUUUGCAAUAAAAGAUAUAAAAUCAAUAAUAUUUUCAGAAGUAAUUUAUAUUAAUUAAUUAUUAAAGACUUCUCCUGUAGUUUGUUGUAUAAAAGUAGCAGGUUGUGAUGAUAUAUUAAUAGAAACAUUUAAAAGAACAGAAUUAAAUAUUUAUUUAACAGAGAUAUUUAAUUAAUAAAGACUUUUAUUAUAUAAUUUAGAAUUUUAAUCAGAAUUUAAAAUAAAGUUUAUAGGAUUAAAUAAUGAAAUACCAUUUUCUUAAGUUUCUAAAAGAUAAGGAUAUUUAGAUUAAGGAAAAGUAUCUGCUUUUAAAGUAUCAUCUAAAUAAGGUAUUUUAUAAAUAAUAAUUUAGGUUGGUUGUAUUUAUUAAAAAUGAAUUUUAUGAAUUCAGAAAGAUGGAAAGAAGUAUUUGUAAUUUUAACAAAUGUUGGUUUAAUAUUAUUCAAGAAACCAGGAGAUUUUGAACCUAUUUUAUUUGUAUCUUUAGUAGAUGCUAUUGUUAUAAAAGAUCCAAUAAUUUAAACUCAUUAAUAAAAUCUUUUAAAAGUAUAUAUAAUAAUAAUAUUAAAAAUUAUAGGUUCGUUAUGAGAAUUCAGAAUAUGAAUACCUUUUUAGUACAACAUCAGCUAUAUUGAAAGAUGAAUGGCAUGAUAUAAUCUAAUAAACAAUUAUGGAAUAAGUAAGAAAUUAAUAAAAAUAUUCAUUUGAUCAAAUGGAGAAAAGUAAGACAUUGAAUAAAUGA